AUGGGUCAGACUUUGUCAGAACCAGUAGUCGAUAAGACUUCGGCCGAGGGUGAGGAUGAUUGCUGCAUUUACGGCGUUUCAGCCAUGCAGGGCUGGAGAAUCAGCAUGGAGGAUGCCCAUGCUGCCGUCCUAGACCUCCACGCGAAGUAUACGAGUCCAGAAGAGACACCAACGGAUCCCGCCAAACGCUUAGCUUUCUUUGGAGUAUACGAUGGACAUGGUGGAGACAAAGUCGCUCUGUUUGCCGGAGAAAACGUGCACAGGAUCGUCGCAAAACAGGAUUCAUUCGCAAAGGGUGAUAUUGAACAGGCCUUGAAAGAUGGCUUCUUAGCCACCGAUCGGGCUAUCUUAGAAGACCCGAAAUAUGAAGAAGAAGUCUCCGGCUGUACGGCAGCUGUCAGUGUAAUUUCAAAGCAUAAGAUCUGGGUGGCCAAUGCGGGUGAUUCUCGCUCCGUGCUUGGAGUCAAGGGCCGGGCAAAGCCUCUUUCUUUUGAUCAUAAACCACAAAAUGAAGGCGAGAAAGCUCGUAUCAGUGCCGCAGGUGGCUUUGUCGAUUUCGGCCGUGUGAACGGAAACCUGGCCCUGUCGCGAGCCAUUGGUGAUUUUGAGUUCAAGAAGAGCCCGGAGCUUGCGCCCGAACAGCAGAUCGUGACCGCCUAUCCGGAUGUGACAGUCCAUGAGCUUAGUGAUGACGAUGAAUUUCUUGUCAUAGCCUGUGACGGUAUCUGGGACUGCCAGUCUUCCCAGGCUGUGGUUGAGUUUGUUCGCCGCGGUAUCGCUGCGAAGCAAGAACUCUACCGGAUUUGUGAGAACAUGAUGGACAACUGCUUGGCUUCAAACAGCGAAACUGGUGGGGUUGGAUGUGACAACAUGACUAUGAUAAUCAUUGGCCUCCUGAACGGCAGGACUAAAGAGGAAUGGUAUAAUCAGAUAGCUGAGCGGGUGGCCAAAGGCGACGGCCCUUGCGCUCCUCCCGAAUACGCUGAAUUCCGCGGCCCUGGUAUCCGUAAUCAGUUUGAAGAAAAUCCGGAUGACUACGAUAUGGAAAAUGAUCGCGCGCGUGGCUUCAGUGUUCGCUCGGGCCGCAUUAUUCUCCUAGGUGACGGCACUGAACUGGUCCCUGAUCAAAACGACGAGGAGCUCUUUGACCAAACUGAGGAGGACCAGGAUCUGCCUAGUCAGGUACAACGCGAAUCGCCUGAUUCUGCCAGGAAUGAGCGUGAAGGAACUCCGGGACCUCAAUCUAAAACUGACGCUGCCUCCAAGUCUGCAGAAGGAUCAUCUGCUAGUACAUCCGAGUCAACCUCUGCUGCCGCGGAGAGCUCUACCUCUGGAGCCCCUGAAAAAUCUACGUCGUAG